AUGGCAAAUCCAAGUGAUGAAUUCAGGCUUGUAUCUCCUCAUAUAGAUCACGAGGGAAGAUUGCCUAGGCAGUACACCGGCGAGGGACAAGGCGCCAAGAAGAACUUAUCGCCACCACUCGAGUGGUACAACUUACCAGAAGGGACAAAGAGCUUGGCGUUGUUGGUGGAGGAUCUUGAUGGGGGGGAACCUGACGGACCAAUUGUGCCGUGGGUUCAUUGGGUAGUGGUGAAUAUACCCCCGACGUUGAAGGGGUUGCCGGAGGGGUUUUCCGGUAAGGGAGAAGAGUUGGGAGGAGAGUAUAGUAAGAUUAAGGAAGGGAUUCAUUAUUGGAAGCAGCCGGGAUGGCGUGGGCCGGUGCUGCCACAUCAUGGGCAUAGAUUCCAGUUCAAGCUUUAUGCCUUGGAUGACGAGCUUCAUCUUGGAAAUAAGGUGACAAAGGAGAAGAUGUUGGAGGCAAUUGAAGGACAUGUGCUAGGGGAGGCUGUUUUAAUGGCAAAAUUCUGA